AAUACAUGUGUUGACUAUUGAAAGCCAAACAUUAAAAUCAUUUGAAAGAGUUUUUACAAUAAUUUAUAUUAUUUAUGAAGACAUUAAUUGUUAGUUAAUUUAAUUUUCAAUUUGUUUCAAAUCAUCGGUAAAGAAAUGAGCGAAGAAUUGGAUGAAAAUAAAGUUCAUUUGGACGCCAAAGAAGCACUUCUUGAGAGACAUCGGUUGGAAAAGAAAGAGUUGAAUGCAAAGAUAACAGAUAUGAAACAUAAGACACCAAAAGGAGAUAAGAAGAAACAAAAGGAACUGAAGAAUGAAAUCACUUUAAUGACAGAAGAGUUGACCAAAAGACAUGAAAAUGAAUUGAAAAGUUUGUCGACGACUUCAAGUGAUUUGAAUACAAAUGAUGAGACAAUCAAUGGAUUAACGAAUCAAUUGACAGAAAUAAAAGUUAACACAAAGAUUAUUGAUAACAACGUUGACUCAGAUUUAAUUGAUAACGGAAUCAAAUACAGUGAGACAAAGGUAUCGAAAGCUCAACGAAGAAGAGAUGCAAAAGCUUUGAAAGAAAAGCAAAAACAGCAGAGGAUUGCAGAGGAUAUGGUCGACGACUCCGAGAAUCAACGACUUAUUGAAUUAGAUAAGUUGAAGAAUAUUCUUAGCUCAAGAGGUUUAGUGAUGUAUGACAUACCAUCUGAUGGCGAUUGUAUGUACAGAGCUAUUGAACAUCAGUUGUCGCUCAACAAUAUUAAAACAAAUGUUUCGGAGUUAAGGCAAAAAACCUGUGAUUAUAUGAAAACCAAUAAAUUAGAUUAUAUACCAUUCCUCACGAGUAAUACGGGGGACCUAAUGAAUGACGAAGAAUAUGACGGUUAUUGCAAUGAUAUCGCAACCACUAAGUCAUGGGGCGGACAGUUAGAGCUGAGGGCUAUUUCACAUAUCUUUCGCAUUGCAAUUGAAGUGAUACAAACUGAAGGAAGUCCUGUACUAAUUGGUGACACAGAUUAUAGAGGAUGUAAAUCGUUGAUUGUAUGUUAUCUUCGGUAUGCCUAUAGUUUAGGCGAACAUUACAAUAGUGUUCAACAAAAAUGA